UGAUGGUUUAAUUGAUACCAAGAUGGAUGAGGCUUCGGCAAGUGAGGUAGAGCCUGAUGUUGAGAAGUUACUUGAGACACCAGAACUGAAAGAGAUUCAGGACAAGAUAAUGGAAAUGACUGAGUCUAUCGCUGCAAAAACUCAAGAGAGAACAGAGACACUGCUUAGCCAACUGGAAUCUAAACUGUCUUUUGCAACAGCAGAUGCAACAGACAUCAACAGCCAAGAUGCCAUGCAGGAAGACCUGAUGUUUGAAACUGACACAGAGGUAAAGGACGAACAGGAAGAGGAACGUUUGGAAACAGAGGAGGAGAAAAUCAGCACGGAGUCCCUGUUUCCAUUCGGUAGUGGAGAGAAUGUCCGACAACAGCUCAGAGAGCAGGUCGAAAAACUCACCAAAUCAGACGACGCCUACCAAAAGCAGCAGGAGAAACUGAGGAAGGAAAUGCUGGAAUGGACUGCAAAAAUGAAGGAGAAACGUGAAGAGGCCAGGAAGGCCAAAGAGAACAAAGGUGCAACAGUCAUCGAUGGGACCACAAUUGACUGGGACGAGGUAUUGGAUGACGAUGUUACCAUGUCAACUGAAGACUUACCCUUUGAUUGGGAUGAGGUUCUGGACAAAGAGGCAUUCAUGUCUGAAUACAGCCAAAUAAUGGGAGAGCCAUUUGGGGAAGGCAUAGUGCCCACCAGUGUUCAAAGCAGUCCUGACAGCUUGAUGUCCACUCCAGUUGUAGACCUGAAGGCAGAAGCAACUGAUGGUAUGCUCGUUGGGGACCUUGAGAAAGAUGUAGCAAAACCAGGGAUGCAGCAACUCCUGCAAGGCAGUGAAGUGUCCCCAGGCAUGGGAGAAACAGACAGCAUUAGUGCAGCAGAACUCCCAAGUACCCAGCAAACUGAACCCCUGCAAUCAGCACAUAUAUCUGAGUCAAUCCUGCCUCCUGACCAGACUGCAACACAAACACCUCUGUACAUACUGCCUGAUGAGCCUGACCGGGGGUAUAGUUGGGAUGGACAACGGACAGAAAAUACUCGAAACUUCUACAUGGAAGGUGCCACGCCAGAACAGGUCAUUGACAAAGUAGGCCUUGGCUCAGAGAAGUUGGACGCCCUCAGAGCAGAAGAGGAAAAAGAAGACGCUGCGCUAGACCAGGAAGAUGCUGAAGAGAAAGAGCAACCCACAUCUGAACCAGCCACUCCUUCUGAGUUGGAAUCUGAGGGAAAAGAGGAAGACAUCUCACAGACAGACACUGAGGAUAUCUACAUAGAGUUGGACUUCCAGUUUAUUGAAUUGCUCGGGGCACUGGUGCCGCCGGAGUGGGCGGAGCAGCUCCGCGGCUGGGGGCUGGAGUACACACCGAGCGACCUGAUCUUCCAGGGCGUCCCCAUACCCUGGCUAGCCGUGGUCACCACACUGCUGGUCGGCAUCGUCACCUUCUGCGUGUUUUCCUACAAGUGUGUGACAAGGUGCGUCCAUGGCAAGCCAGUGGAUCCAGCAGUCGUGAAGAAACAGCUCGAAGCUGAACUUGAUAAAGCUGCUAAGGAGAAGGAAGACCUUAGAAAGGGCGCAGAGGCUGCUGAAGACAGAAUACGAGAGUUGGAAGAGACCCUGGAUGUAGAAAAAUUCUCUGCUCAAGCCUUGUCCAAGAAGAAUUCUGAACUUGAGGAGAAGUUGUCAUCCAAUGACCAGUUGGAAGUGACCCUUCGUCAGGAGAUCCAGAGACUUAUGGACCAGGUCUCCGACGCCAGGGAACAGUUAGAGUCUGCAACCUCAGAGUAUGCCAAACAUCAGGAGACAGAAGCAGAAUACAAGAAGAACUUAAAGAAAGAACGGAAAGAAAAGGAAAAGCUGCAAGAACGCCUGACAGAAAUUGAGAGUAAGACCAAACACCUUGACAGUGAGAUAGUGACUAUCAAGGAACACAGGGACUUACUGGAGGAGAGCAAACAUCAGCUUGAAGAAGAAAUUCAAGGACGCCAGGAACAGUUUACAGAACUGAAGGAGUCCAUUGAGAUGAUCAAGCAGGAGAAUGAACAGCUGAAGGAAAAUGUCCAGUACAAGGAAAACGAGAUUGAGGUCCUGAGAGACUGUCUGAUGCAGAUCAAGGCUCUGGAGUCUGAAGAUGCAGCAGCCAUAGAAGAAGACACUGAAGAUGCUUCCACAGCAAAGGAUGAAAAGAUUCAGCAGAUGUUGGACGUAGCACGAAUUAACUCCACGCUGAAGCUGGUGGAGUCAGAGCGGGACUACCUGCGCUCUCGGCUGGAGGAAGCAGACGGCUCCAGGAAAGAGUAUGAAGACAAAACGGACAGGCUCCAAAUCCAGGUAGACAACCUGACGGAGGCCAGGAAGCGUGCUGAGAAGCAGUACUACGAGGCCCAGGUGCGACUCAACACUCUGCAGGACUACUUCAAGGAGAAGGAGGUGGAACUACAGAGGAAACUUGGUAAAGAGGAGAUGAUCCGGCAGGAUGUGAGUGGGAAGGUUCAGGACACACAGGAGAAGUACAGACUGGCGAAGGAACAAGUGGAGCUCUACCAAAACCAAAAGGAUGACCUGAUGAAAGAAAUGCAGGAGUCUGAGAGGAGCUUCAGGAACCAGAUUGCAGCCAUUGAGAAGAAGGCUCAUGAAAGCUGGAUGGCUGCCAGGACAUCUGAACGUGAGGCACAGGACUCCAAAAGAGAAGCUGCUACACUCAGGCAAAAGUUGCUGGAAGUUGAGAAUGCCCUCGCCAAAGAGAAGGACAAAUACCUGGUGCAGUCUCCACCUCUGAUCAAGCCAACACCUAUCAAUGGACCACCUCCCUUCCCUCCAAGGUUCUCUCCACCACUGCUUCCCCCAGGGGCACCCAGACAUGGCCCUCCCUUCGGCAGAAGCCCUCCUCCAGGCCGCAACGGUGAUUUUGAUGGACCGCCUUCCCCACCCCCAGAGAUGGCCUUCCGAGGCCCCCACCCCCCAUGGGGCCUCCGCCCCUGGGCCCACCCCCGUUCCGAGGACCCCCAGACGACUUCCCCGACAGAGACUUUGACCACCGUAGCAGACCGUCCUCCGAACGAGACUUUGCUCCAGACAGAGAGUUCGACCGCCGACCCCCCUCAGAACCGUACGGACACCCCGACAGGGACUUUGGGCCGGAUCGGGACUUCGGUCCCCACAGAGGUCCCCCCAUGGACUUCCCACCCCCUCGAGGAGGCCCCCCUCCUAUGACACCCCCUGACCUGAGGAGAGGCUCGGGUCCCUUCCCCCCCAUGCCGAGAGGACCCCCCUCGUCUGGCAGAAUAUCAGGUCCCAGAGAACUGAGGGGACCUCCCAGGAGACCAGACUCCAGAUCGACUGGACCCCCCUCCCCUCCCCCCAUGGGUGUCCCACGGACAUCAUCACCAUUAGACUCCCCACAGCACUACAUGGGCCCCCCUCCGCCAGGCGGCCCCCCUCCCCAGCACUUCAGCCCCCACGGCCCG